AUGGAUCAAACGGGCCUUGCGCUCUUAAGUCCGGCGGGAGGCUCUACCUUAUACUCCUACUAUGUAGACAUCGAUGGCGCUGUUUUGGAGAACCAGUGGGAAAAUGAGUUGUGGUUAACCUCGGGUCAUAACAUUUCCAACACACACGUGGUCACGAACGACGUGGCAAGUAAUUCUCCCUUAACGGCAAUAUCGUAUACGAUGAACUCCACGACAGUCCGUCAGCUCUUCUUCUUCGACGGCAUUGGUUUGGUGACAACCGUGAAUACUACUAGUGGCAGUAAUUGGUCGGAACCAUACCAUGUGCUGCCGAACGCGACCUCCCUGCCCAAUACAUUGGCGCUUGCUGCGAUCGCAGAUACACAAGAUAUUGGGCUGAAUGGUAUUCGUCUGUACUACGGUAAGAGAGGUACACAUUUCGAUGUCUUCGCCGCUGAUCUCUCAGGCUCCACGAGCGGCGUCAUUCAAGAAUUGGGCGUUGACUUUCUGGAGCAAACGGGGCUACCAUUCUGGCAUACCAUGACCCUAUUCCCCCAAAGCGAUCCAAGCACUGGCGUUGCUUGCGUGCUGGUUAAUACUACGAAUCAUGUCUACAUGCGGAACUUGUCAACAAGCGUACUGCAGCAAUGGCAACGGGACUAUACGAAUCCGGACAUGGCUUCUUGGCAGUCGAGAGCUACAACACCACCAAACGAGGGCAUUGUCAAAGGAGCCGAUAUCGCAGCGACAACCGAUAGUGUCAGCACGGACUAUAUUUUCUACCAGAACAUCAACAACCAGACCGUACGUGCUUUAUACUAUGGUGAGAAUAUUACCGACUUCGUAUCAGACCUGGAUUUGCUAAACGUGGCUUCUCUGGGCUACAAACUAUCGGCAACGUGGUCCUUAGGCUCGAGUCUAGGCGCUGUAGCGCUGACUCAGAAUAGCACUAACCCGACCGAACUGCUGUACGCUCUUAUAACUCGCAACGGGCAAGCAGAAGGUGGUACAUCUUACACUGGUCCUUAA